AUGUCACUAGCGACAGUCACAUUAUUCAUUCAACAACUAAAUAUCUAUGGUGGCAUUAUUUUAUAUAUUAUGGGCAUUAUUGGUAACAUUCUCAACUUUAUCAUAUUUUCUCAAUCAACAUUACGGAAAAAUUCCAUUUCAGUUUAUAUGCGUGUGGCAGCAAUAUUCAGUUUGCUGACACUUCAAAUACUUAUAACACGUAUAUUAGCCACCGGUUUUCAGCUUGAUUAUGCCUUAAAAUCACGUGGUUGGUGUAAAAUACGUGCAUAUUUUGUAAUUACAUUUGCUUUAAUUACAUUAACAAUUGAAGCAUUCUCAACUGUUGAUAGAUAUUUUUCAUCGUGCAGACAAGCAAAAUAUAGAAAAUUUAGUUCAAUGUAUACUUCAAAAUGUAUUAUUCUCUGUUGUAUUCCCAUAUGUCUGCUAAUGAAUGUACCAACACUUAUAUUUUAUGAUAUUUAUUCAAUUGCCGAUACUCAACUUGUGUGUUUAUCUGUUAGUAUAAACUAUAAUAAUUAUGUUUCCUAUGUUUAUUCACCGGUAUUCAUUGGUGUAUUACCAUUUUUGUUAAUGGUUCUAUUUGGUAUUCUAACGUAUGGAAAUAUUAAACGGAUUGGACGUCGACAAGUCGUCCCUAGUACUAUUACUAACACUAUGACAGGUGGUGCUUCUGUUCAAUCAAUUUCAUCACGACGAGCAGAUGUUCAAUUAACAUCAAUGAUUUUAAUGAAUCUUAUUGUCGUUCUUAUCUCGGUAUUUCCUUACUCAGCGUACAAUAUUUAUUCGGCUAUAACAUUAAAUUUUACAAAAGAUCCAAAUCAACGAAUUAUUGAAGGUUUGGUUGCACAGACAGUAUUAUUGCUAUGGUAUGUAAAUUACAGUUCAUGCUUUUAUGUCUUCAUUAUUACAUCAAAAUCUUUUCGAAAACAUUCUAUAAAUUUGAUUACAAGUCGACAAACACAAAAACGGACUGAAAGUUACACACAAGCACGACGAACGCUAGCAGCAAAAAAUUAA